AUGGCAUUGGAGAAAGAGGUUGAAACUGUCAUAGUUGGGAACUAUGAGGAAAUGGAAAGUAAAGGGAAGCCUAGGGAUAUAAAAUCCAGGUUAUUAAGCUUGUUCUGGCAUGGUGGCUCUGUUUAUGAUGCUUGGUUUAGCUGUGCUUCCAACCAGGUGGCUCAAGUUCUGCUUACGUUGCCAUGCUCAUUUUCCCAGCUGGGAAUGCUUUCUGGCACCCUUUUUCAACUCUUCUACGGCUUGCUGGGUUGCUGGACUGCUUACCUCAUUAGCGCACUCUACGUUGAAUACAGAACCAGAAAAGAGAGAGAAAAAUUUAAUUUCAGGAACCAUGUCAUCCAGUGGUUUGAGGUUCUUGAUGGGCUCCUAGGGAAGCACUGGAGAAACGUUGGUUUGGCCUUCAACUGCACAUUUCUUCUCUUUGGAUCUGUGAUCCAACUCAUAGCUUGUGCAAGCAACAUAUAUUACAUCAAUGAUAAUUUGGAUAAGAGGACUUGGACUUAUAUCUUUGGAGCAUGCUGUGCCACCACCGUGUUUAUCCCUUCCUUCCACAACUACAGAAUCUGGUCCUUUCUUGGUCUCCUCAUGACCACUUACACUGCUUGGUACCUCACUGUUGCCUCUCUCCUCCACGGCCAGGUGGAAGGGGUUAAGCAUUCGGGUCCUACUAAAUUGGUUCUAUAUUUUACGGGGGCCACAAACAUUCUCUACACAUUCGGAGGACAUGCCGUUACUGUGGAGAUAAUGCAUGCGAUGUGGAAGCCUCAAAAAUUCAAGUACAUAUACUUACUGGCUAGCCUGUAUGUGCUGACGCUGACGCUUCCAUCGGCAGCUGCAGUGUACUGGGCAUUUGGAGACAUGCUUCUAAAUCACUCCAACGCCUUUUCUCUCCUUCCAAGGUCCCCCUUUCGUGACAUGGCUGUCAUUUUAAUGCUCAUCCACCAGUUCAUAACAUUUGGGUUUGCAUGCACGCCACUGUAUUUGGUGUGGGAGAAAGCAUUAGGGAUACACGAGUGUAGGAGCCUCUGCAAACGUGCUCUUGCCAGAUUACCAGUGGUGAUCCCCAUAUGGUUUCUGGCCAUCGUCUUCCCCUUCUUCGGGCCCAUCAACUCCACCGUUGGAUCUCUUCUUGUCAGCUUCACCGUUUACAUCAUUCCCGCCCUCGCUCACAUCUUCACCUUCAAAUCACCCGCUGCUCGCCAGAAUGCGGUGGAACAACCUCCGAAGUUGGUGGGAAGAUGGGCAGGUGCAUACACGAUCAACGUAUUUGUGGUGGUGUGGGUUGUAGUGGUAGGGUUUGGAUUCGGUGGAUGGGCGAGUAUGGUUAACUUCAUACACCAGAUUGACACAUUCGGCUUCUUCACCAAAUGUUACCAGUGCCCCUCACCCACCUCCGUCCACCCACCACACCUCAACGCAACCGCGCCUUCUCCUCGCGCUCAUUAA